AUGGGCGCCAAGCUAUUUACCGCUGCAGUCACUGCAGUAGGAGCAUUUAGAACUAGAAGUAGUAGGAGGAGGAGUUUUAGUAGCAGUACAAACACCGGAAGGAAACCUAGAAUCGCUAGUCCCAAAAAGCUUACCACGCCUUCAAUUUCAAACCCUAAAGAUGUAGAAAAGGGAGAUACUGUGGAUGGAAUUGAGUGGGCGGAUGAACAGAACCAAGUGCUGGCUCAAGUUCGGUGUGGCUCUUCUGUCUUCAUUACAGGGUCUGCAGGUUCUGGGAAGACCCUUUUGCUCCAACAUAUCAUUGGUGUCCUGGAGCAAGUUCACGGCCCGCAGAAGGUGUUUGUCACGGCAUCUACCGGGGUAGCUGCCUGUGCCAUCCGCGGCCAGACCCUUCAUUCUUUCGCUGCAAUCGGAUUUGGGAAAGCGGAUCGCGAUACUUUGGUGGAUAGAGUUUUGCUGAACAAGAGUGCUACUAAGAGGUGGAAGAAGGUGAAGGCACUGGUCAUAGAUGAAGUAAGCAUGGUGGACGCUGAGAUGUUUGAGAAUUUGGAAUUUAUAGCAAGACAGGUUAAGAGUUCUAACAAGGUGUGGGGUGGAAUACAGCUAGUUGUGAGCGGGGACUUCUUUCAGCUGCCUCCAAUCACUAGCCAAUAUGGCAAACAGUUUGCAUUUGAAGCCGACUGUUGGGAUGCAAGUUUUGACGCUCAAGUCGAGCUGAAAAAGAUCUUUAGGCAGUCUGACCCUCGGCUCAUCAAGUUGCUUGAUGGAAUGAGGAAAGGGAAGGGCGACUCCGAGGAUCUAGAGGUCUUGAAACAAUCUUGCCUGCUGAGUGAGCCGGAUUCUUCGGUAGUGAGGCUUUAUCCUAGGAUCGAAGAUGUGAAACGAGUGAACAACGAGCGAAUGGAGAGCUUAGGGGAACAAGUUUUCAUGUACAAGGCCAUAGAUGGUGGGAUAGAUGGUUUCAAGCGGGGAAUUGUGGCAGACCAACUCGAGAUCUGUCGUGGUGCGAGGGUGAUGCUGAUCAAGAAUUUGGAUACGAAGAGCCAGCUUUGCAAUGGUGCUACAGGUACAGUUGCUGGCUUCUUCUUGGCAAAGCAGAACAGCAGCCUCGGGGAGUACCUGCCUUUGGUCAGAUUCGACUCCGGAAUACAGAUGAUCAUUGAACCGGAAAGAUGGGAGAUUGUGGAAGGAGGGAAGGUCGUUGCUUGGAGAGAGCAGAUACCAUUGAUUUUAGCAUGGGCUUUGAGCGUACACAAGUGUCAGGGGAUGACUCUUGACACCCUCCAUACUGAUCUCUCCAGAGCUUUUGGGUAUGGAAUGGUCUAUGUGGCUCUUUCCAGGGUGAGGAGCUUGGAAGGGCUCUCUUUGUCGGGUUUCAAUCCGUUUAAGAUCAAAGCUCACCCCAAGGUUGUACACUUCUACGAGCAACUGGGCAGCCAUAAGCUGUUAAAAGAUGAUGAAGCCGAUGACAGAAUGAAGGAAGUAUGUGCUGACUGCUGA